AUGGAUUUACCCGAACGAUUUUUUGAGGUUGAUCAAGAGUUUCUACAAAAAAUACCGCCUAUGAUAGACUAUCGCCGUCAACCAUUGGUGACAGUAGAAGAGGCCAUCAAAAAACUUAAAAUGUCCACACAAAAUAUUGAUUACAUGGUAAAAAUGACGAAGUCGAAGGUGCUCCUUUCGACAUAUGAUCUUACCGCUGAUGAAGCAGCUGCCGUCUAUCUUUAUACGAUGAAACAUUUGGAAACUGAUCGAGAUAUUUCUAGUGAACUGAGUACAGCAAUUCGACUUAGAUUCCGACAAUCGCUCACCCCUUGGUUUUCUUAUCUUCAGCUCUUGAUUGCGGCAUUGAAUAAAUUGCCAUCAAUGAAAGGCACGAUUUGGCGCUAUGCUCGAGGUCACGUUGCAGAUAAUUAUCGCAAAGAUUGCGUCUGGUUAGGAUUUAGCUCAUGUACAAGAACCAAACCAUUAUUUGAGCACCCUCUCAAUAAAUACAAUGUGUAUACUAUAUUCAAAAUUGAAUGCAUUAAUGGUAAAGUAAUUCGCAAUUUUUCUGAUUCCCCCUGGGAAAAUGAAGUUCUUCUAUUGCCUGAUACAUAUUUACGCGUGAUAAAGAAAGCAAAUCUAAAAAACGGACUUAAAAUAGUGUAUUUACAAGAAGAAGGGUCUCCACAUUUACAAUUAGUUCCACCUUUAAGUUUUUCAUCGCCAAUGGAUAAAACAACUGCAACAAACCAUGACUUGACUUCAAAGAAAUUUCAAUCCAACGAUGAAAUGGUAUCAGUACAAUCAUCGAACCCUCCUAAAUUGCCAGUUAUCAAGUUUGUCUCUCAAUCUCAAACACCUCGGUUGGAAGUAUCUGCUCUGGACAGAGAGAAAUCUAGUCAUGUUUGCAAAGACAAAACGUCUACAAGUUCAGGGGUUGAAUUUGCUGAAAAAAAAGAUGAAUCUUCUCCUCCAGAUAUGCAUUGGUUGGAUUGCAAAUUUCAUGAUGAUAGCAAUCAAUUAAUAAUGACUCCUGAAGAUCUAGAGACGAAGCUGCAAGAUCCUCCUAAAAGUAUCAAUCAUGCUCUUUUAAACCGAGUGAAGGGAUCAAUGUUUGGUAUGGCCUUAGGUGAUGCACUUGGCGCUCAUGUUAAAAUUCGGUCGCAUCAAUAUCUGCUUGAACAUCUUGUACGAGAUCUUCAGGAAGGAGAAACGUGGGGUCUCAAAAAGGGACAAUUAAAGUUUUUUCUAUUUAAAUUAUAUCCUCAACUCCGAAAUACUUUGAAAGAAGAACUGACAACUAGGUUCAUUUUGAGUCCUCUCAUUUCUAAUUUGAACUGA